GUCCCAUUAGUCCUUUGUUCCAUGCUAAUAAACUGUCUUUUUGAGUGCACUGGUGCAUGACUUUACACUCCAUGCACCUGCUUUCUUAAUGGGGGGUAACAUGAUUCCCAGGACAACCGUUGCCAAUGCAAAACACUCAGUUGAGUCAACAGGCAUCUGGCAGUUUAAUGUCUAACUAGCUGUGAGAAAAAAGUAUUUUGCCAUUUCCAUAUAUAUAGACUGAUCUGUUUUACAGCUGUAUUAAGAUUUAUGAGGAUUGAACUGCUGCUUUAAGAAGAAAAUUCAACUGUGCAUGAGGAAUUAGGGUUUAGAGGAAUCUCUUAACUCCACUGGUGGGUGUGCAGAGGAGACAGCCUGGACAACACAAUGAAACUACCUGUCAUCUCUGUGGUUUCCACACCAGUGUCAGUUCCUUAUGUCACACCCCCUGUCCACCAGAGUGGCUGCAUGCUGGUGGCAUCACCCCUGGCAUUGCCAACCAUCUCAAGCUCUACCCAGUCCCUUACAGACAUUCAGAUUAUCCCCAGACUGAACCCUUUACAUCCACCUCCGGUGUGUAAACGCACCGUCCGUCUAGAAACACCCGCUGUUCACCACCACAACCAUCAGAGGACACUGAUCAUGCAGAGGAGAGAGCAUUACAGGUAUCAUCAAGUGUGGCGAAAACCUCUCUAUGGGACCAGCAGUGAAAGGGAGGAAUAUAGGAAGGAGAUGCGUGAACAGCUAAAGAGACAGAUAGAGGAGAAAUGUGUUGCACUGAGGCUGCAGCUGGCCAGUCAAGUGAGGGAGGCAGAGCAUUUACGGGAAGUGGACCGCCUUGCUCUAUCAAGUGAAAGAGAGCAAAGGAUCCAGCACAGCAGAGCAAUGACACUGUACAGGGAUGAGAAUAAAAAGCUAAUGGAGCAGAGCUGGAGGGACAGAGCACUAACUCGCUCCCAGGAGGCACUAAAGGAGAGAGAGCUGCUCCGCCUCAACCCCAUUAACUGGAGUGGAACACUGAAAUAGGCUGAAUAUCAGUGUUCAGAGUCAAACCACAGGCUCAGGCCUCACGGACUGUUUCCACUUGAAAAUGGAUCAGAAUAGCAGAUGAUUCACCUCGUAAU